UAAAAUUUCUUCUGUACAUGCGCGGCGUAAGUAGUUGACCAUGAGUAUCAUCCAAACUCCCCUUCUGCUCCUUGCUCUCCUCCUCGCGGGCAUGUCCCUUGCCCGCGGCGACCUCUACGGGAACCAGUCGCCACCGCCGCCGCCGCGGGGGCCAGCUCCACCACCGCCGUUCCGGGUGAAGGGGAAGGAGUUCCCGCCGGAGACGACGGUGUGCAACGACAACUCGACGCGGUGCUUCGGAAGGACACUGACGUGCCCGGCGGAGUGCCCGCAGUUCAAGCCGGCGGACCCCACAGCCAAGGGCUGCUUCGUGGACUGCAACGACCGAAAAUGCGAGGGCGGAAUUUGCCGCCACCGGAAGCCGAACUGUGACGGCAACGGUGCCAGUUGCUAUGACCCGCGGUUCGUUGGCGGGGACGGAGUGAUGUUCUACUUCCACGGCAAGGCCGGUGGGCACUUCGCGCUCGUCUCCGACCCGAACCUCCAGAUCAACGCCGGCUUCAUCGGCCUCCGCCCCGCCGGCCGCCGCCGCGACUUCACCUGGAUACAGUCCCUCGGGCUCCGCUUUGGCCGCCACUCCCUCACCCUCUCCGCGACCCCCGCCGCCUUUUGGGACCCCCACGCCGACCACCUCUCUCUCUCCUUCGACGGCCGCCCCGUCCCCCUCAACGUCGGCCACCUCUCCUCCUGGUCGCCGGCGCCGGCCCCCUCCCCUGGCCUCUUUGUCGAGCGGAAUGGCGCCGUCAACACCGUCAUCGUCACGCUGGCAGGCGUGUUCGAGAUAAAGGCUUCUGUGGUGCCGGUCACGAAGGAGGACAGCGCGGUGCACCGGUACGGCGUGCCGGACAACGACUGCUUCGCGCACUUGGCUGUGCAGUUCAAGUUCUUCGGGCUAUCGGAGAGCGUCGAGGGGGUGUUGGGGCAGACGUAUCGGCCGGGGUUUGAUAACCCCGUGAAGCGCGGGGUGCCGAUGCCGGUGAUGGGCGGCGAGGACCGGUACGCAACGUCGGGGCUCCUCGCCUCCGACUGCCGCAGCUGCAUAUUCUCCCCCGCACCUGCCGCGGCAGUCGCUGGGCUCGUCGAGGUGUCUAAGUCAGUGUUCGACUGCACCGGUAAAUCCGGUGGCGGAUACGCCGUGGUUUGCCGGAGGUGAGGGACUUGCAUGCACGCACGUACACGUGCAUGAGAAUUGCAUGCAUGCAUGGUUGAUUUUGGUGAAUAAGGUGGUUGGAUUAAGAAGUUAAUUACAUAUAAAUAUACUGAUCGAGGAUGAUGAUGAUGAAGAAUACAAAUUAUAAUUUAGUAAGAGAAGAAGAUCAUGUAGAAUUGAUAUGUUGUUGGGGUUUUAAUAUUAUUCUUUUGCGUUUCGUAAGUUGUGUGUUACUUUAAAAAGCUA